UCAAGUGCGCACGUUUCUGUCAGGAUAACUUAUCAAUGUAUUUUCAAUAUUUUCAAAUUGGAUUACACUACACUAAUGUCAUGUGAAUCUGUAUUGGUGCAACUAGACAGCAAUAUCAGAUCUGAAAUUUCUAGACGUUGUACUCGCUUCUGUAUGCUGUGUCAGUCAAUUUUGAAACGUCAAAGUAGCAACAGUUUCAAAAAAAAAUAUUGCUCCUCCAUUCAGUCUCCUCUCUCGCGGUAAAUUCUCACUAAAACUUAUCCAUCGUAAACGAAAUUAAUAGUUAAAAAUUUUCGAAUAUUUUCCCAAAUUUGUUGAUUUUGGACAAACACUGGAAGAACGAGAAGUUAAACAGCUGCACAAGAAAUAAAAAGAAUAAAUAAACAAAUACAUAGAAAGAAAAAUUUGUACAUGUGAAAUAACACGUUUGAAACAUAAAUAAUACACAUUUUCAUCGUUCAAAGUCAAAGACACAAACGAAACAGAUGAUAUAGUGAAAAAUAAAAUAAACAAGAAACAUAACAUUUAUAUUAACCAUGUCUGAGAAUGAGAGUAUCAGCAACCCACAAUAUUUUGAGGGUGUAGAAAAACUUCUUGAAAUUUGGUUUACACCAAAUCCAUCGAGCAAGAAUGCCGACUUAAGGAAAAUUCCAAGAUCAAUGUGGGAUGCUUUGCUAAAAUCAGUUCGGUGCGAAAUAAUAAGUUUCAAACGAAAUGACCAAAUUGAUGCGUACGUUCUGAGCGAGAGUAGCAUGUUUGUCUCGAAACGCCGGUGGAUUUUGAAAACUUGCGGAACUACAACUCCAUUGGAAUGCAUUGAACCCCUCUUGCAAAUGGCUGAAACGCUUGCCGGCUACGUCGAAGUUGAUUAUCUAUUUUACUCGCGUAAAAAUUUCAAACGACCAGAUUUGCAAGUAUCGCCACAUCGAAGUUUUGAAGAGGAAGUCACCCUCUUAGAUACAUUUUUCGAUAGUGGUCGCGCAUACUGUUUGGGAUCGCUCAACCGUGAUUGCUGGUAUUUAUACACUUACAACCGCGAGGGAGGAAUCGCGGCACAGCAAUAUGAAAAUGUUGGCAACGGACUUUCAAUUGAACCAGAUCAGACUAUUGAAAUUUUAAUGACUGACCUUGAUCCAGAUGUUAUGGCCAUCUUCACGAAGGAAGAAUGCAAAAAUGCAACGGAGGCUACGCAGAGAUCUGGUAUCGAAAAGUUACUUCCGGACAUGAUUAUUGACGACUAUCAGUUUGAACCUUGUGGCUAUUCAAUGAAUGGUAUUUCGAAGCAUGAGUUGACUGGAAAUGAUGAAUAUAAAGAAGGGUGCUACAUGACCAUUCACAUCACGCCAGAACCUGAGUUUUCGUAUGUCAGCUUUGAAAGUAAUGUGGCCGCAUCAAAUUAUAGUGAUUUGAUCUCUCGUGUUAUCAAAGUAUUUCAACCAUCCAAAUUCUUGGUCACCAUUUUUGUUAGCAAGACAUCGAAAGCAAUUGAUGCUGGUCAUGAAUUGGAUUACAAAACAUCGAUUGGAGAAUGGAAGAGACGUGAUAUACAGUACUGUCGUUUUCCCGGUUACGAUUUGACUUACGCGCACUACACUAAAUUUCCAAGCUGAGGGUUACAGGACUUGACCUCAGCCACUGAGGUCAAUCAAACUUCACAUACCUAUCACUAUCCGUUUCCAAUUCAUAAAUAUUUGAGCGAUACACCCAUCUAUGAACCAUUUAUUGUGUCCAAGUCUGAACAAUUUCAAAAGUUACAACAAUUAUUAGUAGAAAGUACGACACGUGAAUAUGCUAAUGUUGUUGCAGACAUUUUUGUCAAUUUAUUAUACUUCGCCCAACUUUUGCGGUAUUACAUAAACGAAUAUUCACCAUUGCUCCUGUUCUCCUGGUGGCGAAAUAAGAUAUCUUGAAACCAAAUAACAAAUCCAAUUUAUUAACAUUCAAACAUCAAAUCAAUUGCUUCAAAACACAGACCAAUUCAGACGAAACAACAGCAAAACGAAUGCCAGGAGACAUUUAAGAUAAAUAAUUCAUUUGAGGAAAAUCUCUUCCUUAUGAAAGCUUUCUAUUGUAGCGAUUUAGUUAACAUCAGUAAAUACUACAGAUGACGUAGUUUACAAUUUCCUUGCAUUACAUUUACAUUUUGGAUGGAAUGAAGUGCAUUUGCACUUGGAGUACAGUGCCGUUUUCAUUCUGUAUUAUUUCUGACAUUUCACAAACAUUCAAACAUUUUAACGAUUAUGAUAUGCCAGUCAGCUGGUACGGAUGGCAAGAAAAACCUAUUACAUUUAACUGUAACCAAAAUCUGUUGCAUUCAAAUAUAAAUUGUACUAUUACACAUUCUAUUUGACAUAAACCAUAUUUUCAUGCAAUUCGAGAGAAGGCUGUAUAAUCUGUCUUUUAAACUCACUUUCAUUCAUUUCAUAUAUUCCAUAUUGAUGUAAACAUAAGCCAUUGUGCAUUGCAUACGAACGGAUAGUGAUUGGUAUUGAGAGAUAUAAUGAUAACGAAUUAAAAAUAAAAAAUAAUAUGAAAAAGACCGUUUUUUGAAGUGCUUUUGGAAAUAAAAGGUGUGUUCAAUCAAGAUUUUGUUUAAUUCACUUAAAACUAACAAAUAUUAUGCGAUUAGAAAAGAAAACAAUCGUAGGUUCAUUAUAUUCGAAGCGUUUUCAAAUUUUGAAAAUCAUAAAAAAACUAAGCGUCUAAAAAUGCAAAGACGUCGGGCAAAGUAAACGAUAGCAUAAUUAUAAUGAUAAUUUCUACCCAUAGAUUAGAGCAAAUGCAGCUCAAGCACUAAAUACAUUUUCAACAUAUGCAAUUCAGUAGCUGAGUAAUUUUUUUUCAGGAAAAGUUGCUCAAUUUGUUUCUAACAGAAUAUUGCAAUAUACAAAUAAAUUUAUAAUGAAUUGAA